CCGAAGUAAUCUUGUAAACAUUGACUGACCACCUAUGAUGAUCAAAGAACUCCCUGACCACCCCAAGACAAUGAGGUUUCUAUAACGCUACAUCGACAUUCUCCCAUCCAGAAUCCACAACAAUGUCCUCACAACCACCCGAGGGUCUCGCACCCCUCAGCACAAGCGAUACCCGCUCCUCCAUCUCAGCAGCACCGAUGCACGAAGUCGAGCCCUCACCAGUCGACGAAGAAGAACCUCCCACAUACCCAACCAACCCAUCAGACAUCGACCCAGAGAAACUACCUGUGUCCGAAUCAACACACAACACCACAAACUGGUUGGGCCUCACACCCGCUCGAACCCUACACAUCCUCUCCGCGGUCCAGAAAUAUGCAACAGUCCCACCAACAAUCUACCUCGCAAUGCACUAUACCAACACAGCCAUCAUCCCUCUCGUGACACGCAACGUCGCCGAGUCAGACAAGUACCUCCUCCUGACGAGGCCAUACUACCAAUCCUUCCCCAUCGAGCCACUCAUGAUCUUCGCCCCGAUUCUCACGCACGUCGUCUCUGGCAUUGCACUACGUCUAUACAGACGGCGGAUCAUCGCGCUUCGCCACGGCGCCGAGACCCACGCGGACCGCAAGAAAGUUUCCUGGCCGAAGGUCAGUCUGACUUCAGCCCUAGGAUACGCCAUGUACCCCAUGUUCGUCGCGCAUGUGCUCAUGCAGCGAGUCAUCCCUAAACAAGUCGACGGUAGUUCGGCGGGCGUUGGGUUACGGUACUUUGCGCACGGAAUCGCGCAUGACCCGAUAACCGCGAAUACCUUUUACACGAUCUUUGUGACGAUUGCGAGUUUCCAUUUCGUCGGCGGAACGGCAAAGUAUCUGAAGCUCUCACGCGAGUAUAUCACUGAGGGCGGACAGUCGGGUGCUGUGAGGAGAAAGUGGAGAGGCAGAGUUAUAAAUGCUCUUGCGGCAACGGUGGCGGCAGUCUGGCUUGCUGGCGGGUUGGGCGUCGUCGGUCGUGCUGGGCCAGGUGCUGGCUGGGAGGCGAGUAAUUGGGAUAAGAUAUAUGGAGCUGUGCCUUUGGUAGGCAAAUUCUUCCGGUGAGGUGCAACGUGAGGGAGCAGGAAUCUACAGACUUGCAUCGAGCUGUAAGCCUGGACAGGAUCUACAAAGGAGGCCGUCCUGGGACUAGGCGAGGGCAAGCUGUUUGCAAUUCUGCAUGAAGUACUCCACUAGGUUACGAUGC